GUUACCGUCCUCCUCCCUUUUCAGAAAAGUUCUUCCUUGUUGUAAUAGAAAAAGAUGCAGACAACCGUUCAGUCCUAAACAUGUGGCAUCUUCAUUUAAAGUCUGUUCAAGCAUGUGUUGCAAAGCCCGUAGAAACAGCUCCAUUCGAGAAUCUGCUUACCAUUCCUGGGCAAAUCAAUGCAGAGUCAUCUCCAGAGGCAUCUCCUGGCACCAGCCCCAUGACACGCUCCGCAUCAAUUGCUAAUCUUCAGACUGCCAGCAAACUGAUUCUGAGUUCUAAGCUAGUUUAUAGCCAGCUACUGGAUAUACCAAGUGGUGUGGAGGUGAUAAGGGCAACACCCUCAGCAGGUCAUCUCAGCUCUUCUUCAAUUUACCCAGUGUGCCUUGCCCCGUACUUAGUGGUUUCUACAUGUUCCGAUAACAAAGUGCGAUUUUGGAAAUGCAAUGUGCAAACAUUUCAAGAUUGUGAAGGUAGCGAGGAACAGCAUAGCUAUUGCUGGAAGGAGUGGUCAUUGAUGAAUGAAGGGAGAGAGGAAAGCAGUAGUACCAUACCUGUGGCAGGAAAGCCAGUUGCAGUGAGCUGCUCUUAUACGGGAAGACUUGCUGUGGCUUACAAGCAGCCUAUUCAACAUAAUGGCUAUGUCUCCAAAGAGUUUUCUAUGCAUGUCUGUCUUUUUGAAUGUGAAUCCACAGGAGGAUCAGAAUGGGUCCUAGAACAAACAAUUCCACUUGAUGAUUUAUUAAGAGUUGGCAGCAUGCUCGACUCCCAUGUGAGUGUUGAUAGCAAUUUGUUUGUGUAUUUUAAAUCGGAUGUAUUUUUAAACAAAGACAAGCAUCUGGUUCCCAACAUCAAGCAUUUAGUGCAUUUGGAUUGGGUUUCAAAGGAGGAUGGCUCUCACAUACUCACAGUUGGAGUUGGUUCUAAUAUCUUUAUGUAUGGGCGACUUUCAGGUAUUGUUACUGAUCAGACCAACAGCAAGGAUGGUAUUUCUGUCAUCACUUUACCACUAGGUGGUAGUAUAAAACAAGGCAUAAAAUCCAAAUGGGUGCUGCUCAGAUCAAUUGACUUAGUGUCAUCUGUAGAUGGGACACCUUCACUGCCUGUAUCUUUAUCCUGGGUUAGAGAUGGGAUUUUAGUUGUUGGAAUGGAUUGUGAAAUGCAUGUAUAUGCCCAGUGGAAACACAACCUGAAGUCUAGCACUGGUGACAUUUUUGUCUCUGAAGACAAUGCAGCUCAGUCUGAAUCAGUCCAAACACAAGCCAUCUCUAAGAAGACCAGCGUGAUUGAUGGGGCAGCUAUUGUGGAUGAUGUCUUCGGUAGUCCUACUGUGAUUCAAGAUGGUGGGCUUUUUGAGGCUGCUCAUGUGCUUUCUCCAACCCUUCCACAGUAUCAUCCAACACAGCUGCUAGAACUCAUGGACCUAGGAAAAGUUAGAAGAGCAAAAGCCAUCCUUUCACAUUUAGUCAAAUGCAUUGCUGGGGAGGUGGCAAUCGUUAAAGAUUUAGAUGCUGGAGAUGAAGGGGCUCCAAAACGCCACCUUUCACGGACAAUUAGUGUUAGUGGCAGCACUGCUAAGGACAUGAUUAUUACCGGAAAAGAUGGAACACGGGACUACACAGAGAUUGACUCCAUACCUCCGUUACCUCUAUAUGCACUAGUUGCUGCAGAUAACGAUACAGCAUAUUCUGCUCCUGAAGAAACAACAAAAAAGGCCCAGCCCUCAAAGCUUAGAUUUGGUAGGAAAGUAGAUGACCAGUAUUCUGACUUGUUCCAAAUGCAGAAUGUAACAACAGAUGACUUCAUUGGCUUUGAAACUGAGAAAAAAGAAAGCAAAUCAAAAGUGAUCAACCUGUCUCAGUAUGGCCCUACUUACUUUGGCCGCGAGCAUUCAAGCGUACUCUCAAGCCAUCUAAUGCACUCUAGCUUGCCUGGCUUGACACGGUUAGAGCAGAUGUUCCUAGUGGCUCUCGCUGAUACAGUGGCCACAACCAGCACAGAGCUUGGUGAAAGCAGAGAUAACAACUAUUCAGGAGGCGACAAUCUUGAUGAGUGUGGCUUGAGAUACUUGUUAGCCAUGCGACUGCACACAUGUCUUCUAACAUCCCUGCCUCCACUGUAUCGUAUGCAGCUGCUUCAUCAAGGGUUAUCUACAUGUCACUUUGCAUGGGCCUUUCACUCGGAGGCAGAAGAAGAAUUAAUCACUAUGAUUCCAGCCAUUCAGAAAGGUGACCCACAGUGGUCUGAGCUUAGAGCGAUGGGAAUUGGUUGGUGGGUGAGGAAUAUAAACACACUCCGCAGAUGCAUAGAAAAGGUUGCUAAAGCAGCUUUCCAAAGAAACAAUGACCCGUUAGAUGCUGCGAUUUUCUACCUUGCAAUGAAGAAGAAAGCGGUUCUCUGGGGCUUAUUCAGGUCACAGCAUGAUGAGAAGAUGACUCAAUUCUUCAGUCGUAAUUUUAAGGAGGAUCGCUGGAGGAAAGCAGCUCUAAAGAAUGCCUUCUCGCUACAAGGCAAGCAGCGAUUUGAACAGUCUGCAGCUUUCUUUUUACUAGCUGGAUCUCUAAAGGAUGCUAUUGAGGUGUGCUUAGAAAAAAUGGAAGACAUUCAGCUAGCAAUGGUUAUUGCCAGACUAUACGAGUCAGAGAUUGAUACCUCUUCUACAUACGAGUCUCUUCUAUACGAGAGAGUACUGGGAUGCCAGAAAGAUGGAUCUGGGUUCUGCUGUACCAAGCUUUAUCCUGAUCCGUUCCUGAGGAGCAUUGCCUAUUGGAUUAUGAAGGACUAUACUAAGGCCCUGGACACUUUACUAGAGCAAACACCUAAAGAGGAUGAUGAAAACCCUGUGCUCAUUAAAUCGUGCAACCCAGUUGUGUUCAGUUUUUACAACUACCUUCGGACUCAUCCUCUGCUAAUGCGCCGGCAUUUCAAUACCCCGGAAACUACUUUUGUGACCGUUGGUUUGAAAACUGAAAAAAAGUAUGUGGAUGAAAUAAAUCUUAUUGAAAGGAAAUUAUUUUUUACCACUGCUAACGCUCAUUUCAAAGUGGGGUGCCCCGUGCUUGCUUUAGAAGUGCUCUCCAAGAUCCCAAAACUCAGCAAAUCAACAGCUAACAAUGAAGAUCUGUUAAGUUUAGAUUCCGUUGGACAGGAUAGUUUACAUUUAAUAGGCAAAGUGAACAAUUUGGAAGAGGUAACCGAACCAGAUUGGUUCGCUUCAGCAGCAGCAGCAAAACACUCUCCAGCUGAUUUUGAUUGGGGUUUACCCCUGGUGAAAAUUGAGGAUGAGCCUCUUCAGCUGGAAUGGGAAGAAGAAAAAGGGAGUGAUGAAGACGAUGAGGGAUUAGUUUUAAAGAAUUUGAACUUGGAGCACAAGAGUCAAAGUCUAAAAGAUGUCAGUUCAGAAACACCAACAGUCGACAAUGCAGCACCAGCUGGAAGUGAACCGGAUGUGAUUGCUGAACAGCUGAAAUUUCGAGCAUGCCUAAAAAUACUUAUGACUGAGCUAAGAACGCUGGCGACAGGGCAUGAAGUAGAUGGUGGAAAGUUGAGGUUUCAGCUGUAUAACUGGCUGGAGAAGGAAAUUGCCGCAAUGCACAAAAUAUUUAACCAUGAAACUGACCGCAAGGAUUUCACCAUUGAAACUCCACCUUCAAUAGAUAUAUUGGAUAGCCAAGAAAUAUCUGAUAAGACAGAUAUUGGAUCUUAUGAACGUCACCAAAUAGAACGUCGCAGAUUACAAGCGAAGAGGGAACAUGCGGAAAAGCGCAAAUGGUGGCUGCAAAAGAACCAAGCUCUUUUACGAGUAUUUCUAAGCUACUGCAGUUUACAUGGUGCACAAGGUGGUGGCUUGGCCUCUGUAAGAAUGGAGCUAAAAUUUCUAUUGCAAGAGUCUCAGCAGGAAACAACUGUAAAGCAACUUCAGUCGCCUCUCCCGCUGCCUACAACCCUUCCAUUACUAUCUGCCAGCAUUGCUGUGACAAAGACUGUGAUAGCUAACCCUGUGCUCUACCUGAAUAAUCAUAUUCAUGAUAUUCUGUAUACCAUUGUUCAGAUGAAGAAUGUUCCACAUCCUGACAACCAAGAUCCAAAGGUCGCCACGCUUCACUUGCUGGCUGCUUCACUCUCUGCAUCUAUAUACCAAGCACUCUGUGACAGCCACAGCUAUAGUCAAGCAGAAGCAAAUGAGUUUACAGGAAUGGUUUAUCAAGGACUUCUUUUAAGCGAACGGAGACGGCUUAGGACUGAGAGCUUUGAAGAACACGCUACUCCAAAUUCACCCCCUGCCAUUUGGCCAGGUGUAAGUUCCCUUAUAAAUCUACUAAACACGGCUCAGGAUGAAGACCAGCCCAAACUCAAUGUCUUGCUGUGUGAAGCUGUUGUUGCAGUCUAUGUGAGCUUGUUGAUACAUGCCCUCGCUACUGACUCCAGUACAGAAUUGUUUCGAUUGGCUGCCCAUCCUCUCAAUGGUCGAAUGUGGGCAGCUGUUUUUGGAGGUGGUGUCAAGCUUGUUGUGAAACCGAGAAAACCACCGGAAAUUAUUCCAGCAAUACCUGUCUUAUCAGAGGAAAUAGAUAAGCAUCGUCGUCGGUUUAAUAUGAGGAUGCUGGUGCCUGGUAGACCGACUAAGGAUGUGGCUGUCCCACCCCCAGUUCCUGCUGAGAGACCAACAUACAAGGAGAAGUUUAUUCCUCCAGAACUAAGCAUGUGGGACUAUUUUGUGGCAAAACCAUUCCUUCCUCUGUCUGACAGUGGAUUUAUUUACGACUCAGAUGAAAGUAUUCCGAGUGAUGACGAUGAGGAUGAUGAUGCAUUUCUGUCUGAUACACAAAUACAAGAACACACCAAUUCCAGUUCUUACAGCUGGACUCUCAUACGACUAGCAAUGGUGAAGCUUGCAGUUCAUAAUCUCAAGAAUUUCUUUCCAAUUGCUGGACUGGAAUUAACAGACCUACCUGUUAAGUCCCCACUUGGCAUUGCUGUUGUCAAAAACCUAGAAAAGUGGGAGCAGAUUCUGCACGAGAGAAUGGACCAGUUUGGGGGCCCCCCUCCUAAUUAUAUAAAUACCAUUCCAAGUGAACUGGCUGUUGGUGCGGGACCUGCUAUUCUUAGGCAUAAAGCAAUGCUGGAUCCUGAAAAUACACCAUUCAAAUCCAAAGAUUAUUCUGCACUUCCUGUGAAACGUCUUUGGCAUUACCUGGUCAAACAAGAAAUUCUGCAGGAAUCAUUUAUAAAAUAUAUCUUCACAAAGAAGAGAAAGCAGAGUGAGGUUGAAGCUGAUCUCGGUUACCCAGGUGGAAAAGCAAAAAUCAUUCACAAGGAGUCUGACAUUAUAAUGGCUUUUGCUGUUAACAAGGCAAACUGCAAUGAGAUUGUCCUUGCCUCUACACAUGAUGUACAAGAACUUGAUGUGUCAGUUCUCCUGGCUGCCCAGCCUUACGUGUGGAUUGGAGAAGAAUAUGACAGAGAAUCUAAAAGUUCUGAUGACCUUGAUUUCAGAGGAUCAAUGACUGCCAUUCAUCAGACAGGCGUAGCUUCUUUUAACCUUGGGCAGAUGCAAGCCUCUUCAUCCAUGCCGUGGCUAGGAAGUGGACAGACAAGCACUGGAGCUGGCAUUCUCAUAAAAAGAAAUCUGAAUAAUGUCAAAAGAAUGGCCUCACACCCUGUCCACCAAUACUAUCUUACUGGUGCUCAGGAUGGCAGUGUCCGUAUGUUUGAAUGGAAUCGACCACAACAACUUUUAUGUUUCCGCCAGGCUGGCAAUGCUCGGGUUACCAGGUUAUACUUUAACUCCCAAGGCAACAAGUGUGGUGUUGCAGAUGGAGAAGGAUUCUUAAGCAUUUGGCAAGUAAACCAAACAGUCUCUAAUCCAAAACCUUAUUUGAGUUGGCAGUGUCAUUCUAAAACGACAAGUGACUUUGCCUUUAUUACCUCAUCAAGCUUGGUUGCAACAUCAGGGCAAUCCAAUGAUAACAGAAAUGUUUGCCUGUGGGAUACAUUAAUAUCAUCCAGUAACAGUCUUGUCCAUGCAUUCAAUUGCCAUGAAAAUGGAGCCACAGUACUUCAGUAUGCAACAAAACAGCAGCUCCUUAUUACUGGUGGCAGAAAAGGAUUAAUCUGUAUCUUUGACAUUCGACAAAGACAGAUGCUUCACACUUUCCAGGCUCAUGACUCAGCUGUUAAAGCUCUGGCACUGGAUAGCUCUGAAGAAUACUUUGUCACUGGUUCAGCAGAAGGGAACAUGAAGGUAUGGAAGCUGACGGGCCAUGGUCUGAUUCACUCCUUCAAAAAUGAGCAUGCUAAGCAAUCCUUAUUUCGUAAUAUUGGUGCAGGCGUGAUGCAGAUAGAAGUAGGCGAAAACAAGCGUAUCUUCUCCUGUGGAGCAGAUGGCACUCUGAAAAUGAGGGUGUUGCCUACUGCUUUGAAGACCCAGUCCAGCAUAUUUGAUAUUCUUUAAGCAGUUGAAUUACAGACAAGUCUCCCGCUGCUGCAACACAUGUAGGAAGAGUUAGCAAGGAGCUAGAAGCUUUAGAAUACCAUUGUAAAGGUUACUUACUAUGGAGCAAGGUUAAGUGCUGCUGUAAAAGAUAGAUAAUCAUGUCUGCCUUGUUGGUUAAGGUCACUAGGAUGGUGCAAAUGAAGAAAGUGCUGACAAGCCUAUACUGCUUUGGCAGAUACUUCUAAAGUUCUGGAAUCACUUAGAUGUAUUGUUUAAAUGCUACAAUGUAUUUGUGUUCAGAAAUUCAUUCAGUGCUGAAACUUAAUGGAGUAGCAGACUGCUGGCUAUAUAAGGGUCAGGAACAAAGGGAAU